AUGGACAACAGCGGAAAUUAUUUGGUUUCGUCGAAGCAGAGACCCGAAACCUAUUCGUCGUCGUCUGCGGAUCGGACGCUUGAAUCUCGUGAUGAUUUCCAGCGCCGCUUUCGACGUGGCGCUAACGACGAAGAUCAGGACGAAGACGACUCACAAUCCGAGCCUACUACUCAAAGCAAAGAUAAUGUUCGUCGCCACGCACCGCUCUCCACACUGGGAGGGUUCGCUCGCUUGCAGGCCCGGUUCUUGGAGCAAGAAAAAUCGGACAUUGGAGUCACUAAGAAACUUUCCGUUUCUGCCCAAAGCAUUCUACAAUCUCUCUUGAAGAAAUACCAUCAGCUUGGCGAUGACGAGAACACCAUUCUAUUUCCUCAGAACAGAAAACAGGAUCGUUACCGUUUAAUUGAAAUGGGCAUGUCGGAAGAAGAGAUUUUGAGUUUGGCGAAAGAACACAAGCUUUCCUUUCUGGGUAGCAUUCUCCAACAGUUCGAAAUCACAGAAGAUCCCAUAUCCGCACGGACCCUGAUCAAAUCAUGUUGUCUUGCGGUUCCUCCUGGGUGCGUACCUGCUUGCAUGGAUGCCAAGGAAAUUACUAUGGCGGCUUUACAUUUUUUGAGUUUGAACGUCUUUGAUGGGCAACCACUUAUUCGUGCUUUUCACGGAGUUUCCGAUCUCGAAAAGCGACAGUACAAAAAGGCGGGGGCUUGGAAAUUGGAAUCCAAUAUUAAUCACGCAGUGGAUGAACUCGAAAAAGUUUUCUUGAGCGACACCAGCUCGACGAAAUGGAUACCUCGUUUGUACCUGGCGCCCUCCCAAUCGGACGGUCGCGAUACCCUUUUGCUGAAGGGUGUGGUCCCUAUUACGUUGAUGGGAAAGCGCAAAACAAUACGAUACAGUAAAAUAUCGAGCGCUGUAGCUCCAAGUCGUAGCAGCAAGAAAACAAAAGUGGCCAGUAAGCCAGCCAUUACCUCGGUAGUUGAGGCCUCACGGUCACCCUGGCCUGACGUUGAAAAUUCGUCUGGACCGGACGACGAAAUCAAUACGGACGAUCCCAAUCGGAUGGGCGAAGAAGAAGACGAUACGGUAGAAAAUGAUGGUCCUGAUGAACACGACAAUGGUGAUGAUGAUGACAAUGAAAGUGGUCCUAUGUUCUGA